AUGUCAACACACUACCAGUUGCUAGGCGUCCCAAUGGAUGCGAAUCUGGCUCAGAUCAAGAAGGCCUAUCGGAAGUUGGCACUUGAACUUCAUCCAGAUAAAAAUAAUAGUGAUGAGGCUUUAGAGAUGUUCAAGCGGGUUAGCGAUGGUUACCAGGUUCUAUCCGAUGCAGAAUUGAGACGGGAAUAUGAUAAAAGCUUACAAAAGACAACAGUUAAUGUCAAUCCAUUCAAUAGCACUUCGAUGUUUUAUCAUAAUUUUACCCAGGCCAGAAAUCAACGGCAGAACGGUAAUCCUGCUUCCACCUAUUACGAUCCGUAUGAACGAUAUUUUCAAAGAAACAACCCAACUCCAGAUUUUCCUUUUGCCAGAAAGACGAGGAGUAGCACUCACGCUGAUAACGAUAAUCCAUCGUCAAAUAAGGAGAACAUUAGGAAAGCGAAACACUCCGAACAAGCUAAAUCUUUUAGCCACAGGACACCACCAAGAGAGGAGCCUGAGAUUAUCGAUCUAUCGGUAGAUGAAGAUGCCUAUAAUAUAAACACAGAACAACCAGAACGUAGAAGCGAAACACCGGAAAGUAACAAACCAAAAGUGUCAAAUAAUGUCAAACAGGAAUUCUUUGCCAAGCCCAACAAUACUAAUAACGAAUCAACAGAGGAUUCUGAAUUUACGAGGAGGUCCAAAGAAGAGCCUGAAGAUACUACUCCACGAAGAAAGUCGACGCAUGACUUCUACCAGGGAACUAAAGAUGAUCCUAUAUACGUAGAAACUAAACAACAGCAGCCGCAAGAAUUCACUUUUUCAGACAUCCUCAAUGUUUUCAAAUCUUCACUACAUAAUGACAAUUCCAGCUCUACAAAGACUCCGUCAUCAUCACCAAUGGGCAAAAACUAUAGUAAAAGGCCGACUAGGGGUCACUAUGAAAAGGCUAAAACUCCUGGUAGUAAGAUAUCGAGGACUCAACUUGAAGAAGAAAUUUCAUUUGAGCAUCCCCAUCCUUCAAAAACUUCCAAAUUUGACAAAUUUAAUAUGCAUACCUUGAAUGCUGAGCUGAAUAGUAAUGAUACUUCAAUGCGGUCAGAUUUUGAGUCGAAUGAAGAUUUCUCACAUAUGCAAAUGGAUGAUUUAGAUGAGAAACUUGAAGAAAUCCAAGUCCCAUCCCCUAAAAGAAAGGCUAAAAAUCCCAAACAAUUUGGAAAUCUAGAUCUCUUAGAUUUACAUGCAUCACCCCGUAUUUUUGAUUUUCAGUGCCCUAGUCCUGUUCAGAUACCCAAGAGGCCUCAGAACAUAUACUCAAUUGAUGAGUGGACGCUUGUAGAGAAACAAAUUCAAGAUUAUCUACAAAAAUUUGCCUCGUGGACAUCUAUAAUGCUUCAAUAUAAGCAUGAGAGAACGAUAGCAAACUUAGAGCACUUUGAUAAGAUUGUUGGUAAUGCACAUAAUAGCGCCGUUUUCCAGGAUGCGAUGCAACGUGAUUUAGAAAUGGAGAAAAUCUGGCUUAAAGGUCAAGCUGAAAACACAAAGUUUGUCAGAGAAUACAACCAGAUCAAGAGUGAUCUAAAGAUUCGUCAUAUAUAA